AUGUCUGCAAACAUCCUGAGUUUGACAGAGCUAGGAUGUCUCAUACAGCAGCGCUAUCCAGGUAUCUCUCGUGAUGAAGCCUAUGUCCGACUUUUCCACGACCUGAAACCUCUUAUGGAUCCUACGGCGAAAGGAUCGUUUAGCAUACUAAAAGCACUUGGUAUUAUCUUCAACAAGCCAGUUACUAGCCUCGUUGCCUCUGCAAGUCGUAUAGCCCAGCGCAUCCUCGAAGCCAUUUCCCAGCACCCUACGUGCACGUCCCAGCCCGUCGAGGAUAACCCCAAUGACAUCUCGGAUCAGAUAAUCAUACAAAUGCUCCGCAACCUCGCAGCGACCGCUGGGGAACCUACAAACGUGGCAGCUGGUACCGGUUUCUCUCUCCGUGGAGAGAACUUGAUUGAGCACAGGUUUGGUGGCUUCACUGGCGGUUCAGCCCAAACGUUCAAAAUCCUCAGUAAUUCAUUCAACGCUGGGCCUGAAUUUACUGCCGUCUUUGCUUCGUGUGCUCUGAUCAUCGGGCUACGUCUCCAGGAUGUGCCAGAUGAACUGAGCUAUCAGACGACUGCAAGGGUUCAAAGCUGGCAGACCCAAGGCUUCGGGUUAUUCAUAUAUAGAUUUGUCGACAAUGAGAUUGAGAAUGCUGGUGGAGAAACGUCCGUUGGCCGUCAUGCUUUCUAUGUCUACAAUCGGACAACCAGUGCCAACGAGGUCUUCGAGAGACGGGCCCGGAAAAGCCCCUUCCCAUCCUCCUUCGGCGGAAUGGCCUCCAACCUUGAGGCUGUAUUUUCCCUAAUGUGGCAGAAUCGUCGGUCGCUUCGACAAAUAGAUCCGGUCAACGCAGAUAACGUGGUAUUCCACUUGCUAGUCCCAGCGAAAAGGACCUUUGUUAUUGCUGAAAGAAUGGCUAUCGAUGAUGGAAUUGGGAAGCUAAUCAUCAAAGGGCACACGGACGAAGGUGCCUACUAUGCGUGGUUCAAUAUUGUAUCUGUGCCACGGCAAGUGGUACUAUAUGAUGUCGGGAACCUCAAUACAGACUCUGCCGAUCUCGACAGAUCAUGGAAAGGUGAGAAGAAUAGUGCACGUGCAUUUUUCGGCUGCGGGCUCGUUACAGUUAUCACCGGUUUUUUUAUCCCCGCGGCAGCGCCAUACUUCGCUUGGCUGUGUUUUGCAUCAUUAGCGAUGGCAAUGAAGUAUGGCGUAGUGGAUCAUAUGCGACGGAGUUUCCGGUCCCCUCCUCGAAUUCUCGGUCCUCCAUCAGGGUUUCGCCAAGAAUGA